UCUCACCUCUAGCGCCUCUGACCAUUUCUAUGGCCAUGUUCCACUGCCAGCUCUGACAGCACCGAAAAUCUAUAGUAUACGUGACAUGAACUAUAAUUUGUCAUUCCUGACAGUAAAUAUUAGAACGCAGCCUAUGUAGCAAUUAAAUGCAGGUGUAAUCAAGCAUGUGAGUGAUUUCCACGUUGCUUCGUUGUAUGUUGUGCGUCCUCAUAUAAGUAUGGCAUCAGUGGAUUCGGGUGUGGAGACCGGGAACGACUCGAAUGAUAGCUCGAUCGUCCAACACGAGAGUCAGCAUGCAACAACCAUUGUUAGCCCCGUCGCGACUGCUGCAAAUAUUUCCGCUGCCACUAUCGGCCAGGAUGCAGUUGAUGAAGUUGCAUCGGUCGCUAUCACUGACACAUGUAAAUCGAACGAGACUUUUCUACCCAGUCCAAGCUACUUGAUGACCUUUAAACCACAUUGGCCGGUCGACAGGACAUUAUGUUCUGUUAGCGAUCAUUGUAAAUUGCACACUCUCGGAGAAACCUCGUUGGCGGCCCAUGACACCGAGCACAAAUGGCAUAGGAGCCAUGUAAACAAUAUCCAUAUAUUGAUGAGAUACGAGAGAACAUAUAGAAGAAGAAUUAGAGAAUUAAAACUUAAAACUGUACGUGGAUACAAUCGCCUUCCAAUGGAGGAGUACAGUCGCCUUUUAUUACCUGAGAGAGGUGCUUCUUAUAAUUUGAGACUGCAAAGUGAAUGUGUAGAAUGGCGAAAGCCAUUGAAUGAACGAAGAAUGCGAUUAGCUGCUGCAACUAAUGACGUAGACACGGUGAAGGAACUUUUGAGAAAUAAUGUAUCGCCCAACAAUCACGAUGUAGAAGGUCGCACUCCCCUUCAUCAUGCAGCUUGCAGGGGUUAUUCGGAAAUAGUCCAUUUGUUGUUGGCACAUGGCGCAGACCCGAAUAAACGUGAUCGUAUAGGUAACACGCCGCUACAUCUGGCUGCAGUUACUAGCAAGAUCUCAGUAGUGACGUUGCUCUUGGCAGCCGGUACCAAUGUCCGUUUGAUAGAUCAAUACGGCUUUAAUCCACUACAUCUAGCUCAAGCAAAAUUGAAGAUGUUACAGAAUUGCAAGUACGGAAGUAUGGUAAAUGUCAAAGAGGAGAUGCACAGCAUAGUUGGAAUGCUGAUGACAUACUUUAACAAGCAGAAGAAUAUGAAGGAGCAGAUAGAAACGCUGAAUAAUUUUUGCUCGCGUCUCUCUUUGUCCAAUACUUCGGAUCAGGUACAGGACGAUGUAAAGGAUUUAUUGGCAAACAUAAAAGCUCUUGAUAUAACGAGUUAAUUAUCCUUGUAUAGUACAUUUGCCAAUAUACUACACACAACGUUUACAGACUAAUGACAUCUUUCUUCAAUUUUUUUUUGUGAGAAUGUAUAGCUAUCUUCGGGAACUGCACGCGUGUGUUACUCGUAUGUGUGUUGAUGUAUGUGCUGUACGCUUUAUGUGUAAUUCGGAAAAAUGAAUCAAUUAUUAGUUUAUAACUAUUUGUAUAAUUUGCAAAGUGUAGUCUUCUUUUUAUCAAUCAUAAUCGGAAUUUUUUAUUAGGAGUCUGAUCAAGAAUUAUCCAAGUAAUACAGAGAAACUCGGUUGCAACCAAGAGAUGUUUCUCAAGUUGGAGUCGAAAAACAAAUUUACCUAAUUGAUUAGUACAAAACAUAAAUUAGUUAUAAGUACGAACACAAAUAUGACUGAAAUAAAAUUUUAGUAUGAAAAGGUCAUUGAAACAUUUAUUCAGGCACACACACACACACACACACACACAUCUAUAUAUAUAUACAUAUAUAUAUAUAUAUAUAUAUAUAUAUAUAUAUAUAUAUAAACCAGUUUAUCUAUUUACUUUUAGUACCUGUACUUUCAGAUUACAUACAACAUGUAAAUAGUCUUCAUAAUAAUUUUAUAUGCGCUGUAUAUAAAUCACCCUUCACCAAUUCUCAAUCCUAUCUCAAUAAAAAAUUAUUGUACUUGAAAGAAAA